ACCACAUGUGUAGAGGAUAGCGAGCGGACGACUAAAAUUUCAUUAAUUAUCACCCGAAGCUUGAAUUAUUAAGGAGAAUAUCUAAGUGAACCAUACUACUAGCUACAGGAUGCCUACUGUGAUUGGUUUUGAAGGCAGUGCCAACAAGCUUGGUAUCGGCAUAGUCAGAGAUGGAGAAGUCUUAUCCAAUCCAAGACACACCUACAUCACCCCACCUGGUGAAGGUUUCCAGCCUAGAGACACUGCCAGACACCAUCAGCAGCAUAUCAUGUCUAUCCUGAGAAGGGCUUUGGAUGAAGCUAAGCUAACUCCAAAAGAUAUAGACUGCGUUUGCUAUACAAAAGGUCCAGGGAUGGCUGCUCCUCUGCUUUCGGUUGCAGUGGUAGCACGGACAGUGGCCCAGCUGUGGGAUGUACCCAUUAUAGGAGUCAAUCAUUGUAUAGGACACAUUGAGAUGGGUAGACAGGUGACGGGUGCUCAGAAUCCUACAGUGUUAUAUGUCAGUGGUGGCAACACGCAAGUAAUAGCGUACUCUCAACAGUGCUACAGAAUAUUUGGUGAAACUAUUGACAUAGCUGUUGGGAACUGUCUGGAUAGAUUUGCUAGAAUAUUAAAGCUUUCUAAUGAUCCCAGCCCAGGGUACAACAUUGAACAGAUGGCCAAGAAAGGAGAGCAGUACAUCGAGCUGCCUUAUGUGGUGAAAGGCAUGGAUGUUUCUUUCUCUGGUCUACUGUCUUUUAUUGAGGACGUGGCUCACAAGAAGCUGAAGUCUGGAAAAUGCACUCCAGCGGAUCUCUGCUUCUCAUUACAGGAAACAAUCUUUGCGAUGCUGGUUGAAAUUACAGAGAGAGCUAUGGCUCAUUGCGGCUCAUCAGAAGUACUUAUUGUAGGUGGUGUCGGAUGUAAUAUGAGGCUACAGGAGAUGAUGGGUAAGAUGGCUGAAGAGAGAGGAGCCUCGUUGUGUGCUACUGAUGAUAGGUACUGUAUUGAUAAUGGAGCGAUGAUAGCCCAGGCUGGAUUAGAGAUGUUCAAUGCUGGUAUCACUACUCCUCUAGAAGAAACAUGGGUUACCCAGAGGUAUAGGACAGAUGAAGUAGAGGUUGUUUGGAGAGAUUGAUGAACCUUUCUCACAAAGUACUCUACCCGGUACUCUCUCGGAACAGGUGUGACUUCAAUGACUUGGACUUGGUUUAUUUACCUUAUAUGAAGCAGAGAAAAGUUACCAGUCUUCUGAAGGACAGCUGGUGGACCUUUAACUAUCUUAGAGGGGUGUCACAAAUCUUGAUGAACAUACUGAACACAUGUUAUGUUAGACUGACUGAUGCCUUUGCUUAUAUUUGGAAUAUUAUAUGUAUUGGGGACCGUACUGAGCAAAUGUGACGAUGCUGACAUUAUGAUCUGUCAGCAGGGAAUGGCAUCCCACAAGCACUUCUCCAUUUCUGCCUCAUUUACAGGUUGCCAGAUGCCCAAUAAAGCUUGGAAGCCAUGGCUACUCCCUCCAAGAGGCACAUUCUUGACAGCUCAAUAGACCAAUUUACUAACAUAUUCAAAUUUAUGGAUGUUUCUUUCCUGGGGACCUAACAACAAGUUUUCGGAUUGUCAAGAACAACAUUAAUUACUGAUCAUGAGUCAGGGAAUUUCUCAUACUAGUCAUGAUGCAAAAGUGUAUAAUAUACCGAAAUUGAGUAAAGUUGCACUCAUCCAUUUGUAUCAUGAUCCCCCAAUGAUAAUAGCUCAGGGUACCAUUUAUUUAUUUAUUUAUUUAUUUAAUAAAUUAUUGAUUUAUUUAUUCAUUUGUUUCAUUUAAACAGGGUAGUUUUCUCAGUAUUAAAACUGUUUUGCUGAGAGGCCCAGUACAAAUAAAGAUUACCAAUUUAACAAGUUUAAAUACAUAUAUAACACAUCAAGGUUAUUUGUUUGUUUGUUGUUGUUUUUUACUCCAUAAUAUAAAUAUGAAGAAAAACAAAUUGCCAGCUUACAUAAUUUAAUACCAGUCCUUUCAAAUCGAUUAGCAAACGAUGAAAUCGGGAAAAUGGAACACUUGUUUUGUUUGUAAUAACAAAAUGGAACAGACUCUGGGAUUCAAAAACAUUCAAAUUCUAAUGUGUAUAGAAUUGGAAUGGCACAGGUCAUUUCAGUGGUGCUAAACAUGAUGAAAUACUGCCCCCCCCCCCCAACCUUUCCAAUAAUGCAAAGGUUUACUUUUAUUGAUUUGCAUAAUAAUCAUGUAUGUCUUUGAGAUCAAAUUGUUGCAGAGCUUUAAUACAGUUCGUGGGGCGAGUUCUCUUUUAUGCUCAAAUAAAAAAGAGAUCACUAUAUUUGAAAGAAUAAACAAGAACUUACUGUUUGAAGUUUGAUCGUUAUUUUAUGAGAGUGUCAAGGAAGAGAAAUCCGCUGUGUGCAUAGACAUUGUUCGUGAAACUCAUGACUCACGUACAAACAAAAUUUUCCUGAAUCACUCUUAAACGAUAGGGGAAAUGCCUUCACAGCGUCUAACCCGAUCAAAACGUCAAAAAAACAUUUAAUAAGUCAAAGUAAACUUCGUUUACUAUAUAUACUAAAGAUUUUCGAUGAAAAUUGAAGUAUAAUUUGCACCAUGAAAAGUUACUUUCCAUAAGCCUUUAAUAGCUUGCGAAGACGACUGUGCGCAUGCGCGAAGAGUGGGAUCUCAUGUAGUCUCUGAUAUGUAAUAUGCAUGUUUAUUGUGUGUACCAGUGGGAAUAGGCUGUUUGCAAACUUCCGUUUCUUAUACAAGAAACUUCCCUCUCCUAAAACAGAUCAAAUAUACUUAUUACUCAUUCCUUUGAGUUUUCUUUUCUUUCUCUCUCUCUCUCUUAGAAACAACCCCUGCGAUAAUAUCUCCUACUUUAUAACAUAAUGUAAAUAUCUUUACUGUAUAUAACUUUUUUUCUAUUGUAUGUGGUUGGAGUCUAUUUCGAAAUAAACUACAUUUACAUGUACAUUA